AUGAGUGUAACCAUCAACACGCUCCGCCUGUCCCUCGGAGGCUCCAAGAGCAGCUUGUUGGCGCGGCCCCCGAUCCAACCUCCACUCUCCACCCGUACCCUAUCUACCAUUCCCCGCACUCCACUCAGGCAAUGCAGACUACCGCCGUCGUCAUCCACAUUCACAACACAUGCCAUCCGCAUGAACGAGACACAUGAGCAGCCUAAACGAGGCUCGGAUCUGGGGUCGAAGCCUUUCGACUCCACAUUAGCCAUGACUUUUGAAAAUCUGGGCUUUCGCAAGAAGCUCAAGCUCCUUGUGCUUGUCAUUUUGGGGACCUCUGCUGUCAUUGAGACUUUGAUUUGGGGCGAACAUGCUUGGGUCUGGUGGAAGGGGGAGGAGGGCGAUAGGAUCGAUUAA